GUGUCCCUCUUUUGCUUAUUUGAGCAAACUGACUUUGUUCUCCUGUAAAAGAAACCAAAAUCCCCAAAUUUAAAUUCUCUCUCUCUCUCUGUGUAAUUGCUUUCUUCAUUCAUUGGCUUUGCGUCUCGGUCUUGCUCUGCUCUUCCACAGGUUUCGCUUCAACUCGUAUCUGAGCUUGAUAUCGGGAUUUCAAGAUGCCAGCUACAGCGGGGAGGGUUCGCAUGCCUGCGAACAAUAGAGUUCACAGUAGUGCAGCCCUCCAAACCCAUGGGAUCUGGCAGAGUGCGAUUGGGUAUGACCCGUAUGCGCCCAACAAGGAAGAUGGCAAGAACUCUGCAAAGCCAAAUGCGUCGGCAAACUCUGAACCAGAUGCUGAGAAUGCGUAUGCAAGUUUCCAAGGCCUCCUUGCACUUGCCCGUAUAACUGGGUCCAAUGCCAAUGAGGCUCGUGGGGCAUGCAAGAAGUGUGGUCGUGUUGGACACCUCACAUUUCAGUGCAGGAACUUUUUGAGUGUGAAGGAUGAUAAGGAUAAAGACCCAGAGGCAAUUGAGGCUGCAGCUUUGGCUGAGUUGGAUAAGUUGAAGGGGAAUGUAGGUAAGUUGAAUGGGAAAAGUAGAAAAAAUGCAGUUGGGAGCUCAGAGGAGAGUGAUGAAGAGGAUGACAGCGAGGAUUCAGAUUCUGAUGCAGAUUCAGAGAUUGAGAGGAUUAUUGCUGAAAGAAGUGGAAAAAAACUUGGUACUAAGGGGAGGUCGUUGAGAAAGAAGGAUUUGGAUAAAGAUGGGCAUAGAGAUUCUAGGGAUAGGAAAAAGAGAGGGAGGUCUAAGAAGAGGAGUGGGAAGAGAGGAAGUAGUGAAUCGGAUGACUCAGAUGGAGGCAAGAAGAAGAGAAAGGAGAGGCGGAGAAAGAGGGAUGAGUCAUCAGAUGAUGAUUAUGAGCGUGAGCGGCGGCAUAGGAAGAGUAGGAAGGAGAAGAGGAGGAGGAGAAGCCACCGACACUCUGACGAUACUGAUUCUGAUGCAUCUGAUGAUUCUCGCAGAGAGCGAACUCGCAAGAGCAGAAGGCCCUCCUCACCAUCUGAUUCUGAUGCAAAUGGCUCAGAUGAUUCAUGGGUUGGUAGGGGCAAGAAGCGAUCUGAGACGAAGAGCAGGAAACGCCGUCAUGAUGAGGAUUAUUAGAGUUUAUUUUGGAAAGAAAUGCCAGAGCGGGAUAUGGUGAGCUCUCAUGAAGUUACCAAACCAGUGAUGGAACUCAAAUGGUGUUGAAACUAAUUUUGUUUCUGCUUUCGUGCUUGGAUUAUUUGAAGGCGUGACAAGUUUUAAGUUGUGUUUUUAUCCCCCCCCCCCCCCCCCCCCCCCCCCCCCCCCAAAAAAAGAGUUUUUAAGUUGUAUUGUAUUGUGUAUUGGAAAAUCAACAUAUUAUUAUUAAGUGGCUGUGUUGGAGUGCCUUUUACAUAUAUGUAUACCAUACUUUUAGGCCAAUUAGCAAUUGUUUGACCUGAAUGCAGUUGCGAUUGGAUCUGGUUUUCUUUUUUUAA